UUCAUUUUUUGCUUUGGAAUACAUGAUUUUUCUCUCUUUUACUUAUUUAUUUUCUUUUAGACCUUUCCUCUUCUUUUCUCUUUUCCUUUCUUCCUUAACUCAUAUGGAUUCUACCUCUUUCAGUACUACUACUUUGUCAACUUCAUGCAUGGACUAAUUCUUCAUCUUCUUGUUUCACUUUGCUAAGCCCUCCAUUAAUAUUUCUUCUUCACUAAGAAUAAUCUUCAAAAAAACAAAAAAAAUAUAAUAUGGCUUCAAUGAACUGGUUGGGUUUUUCUCUUUCCCCUCAAGAACUCCCUGCAUCACAAUCUCACCAUGAUGAUCAUCAUCAUCAUCAUCAUCAUCAAGAUCACUCUCAGACAUCCGUCUCUCGCCUCGGUUUCAACUCUGAUGAAAUCUCUGGUACCGAUGUCUCCGGGGAGUGUUUUGAUCUAACUUCUGAAUCUGCCGCUCCAUCUCUCAACCUCCCUCCCCCUUUUGGUAUAUUUGAAGCAUUUAAUAGAAACAACCAGGCUCAAGAUUGGAAUAUGAAGGGUUUAGGUAUGAACUCGGAUACAAACUACAAGAACACCUCGGAUUUGUCUAUGUUAAUGGGUACUACUUCUACUACAUGCAGUAGUAGCCAAAACCUUGAGAACCAACACCACCAGCCAAAGCUUGAAAACUUCCUCGGCCGACACGACCCCACUGCCGCCGACUACAUGUUCCAAAGCUGUUCUCUCCAGCUUCCUUCUGAGGCGCCAGCAGCCGAAACAGCGAAUGGCGGUGCAAGCGGUGGUGGUGGAAGUAUCAAUAAUAGUUCUAUUGGAUUAUCGAUGAUCAAGACAUGGUUGAGAAAUCAGCCUGCACCGACUCACACUGAGAACAAGAACGAUGGCGGUGCAACUUGUAAUAACAAUAAUAAUAAUAAUAAUAAUGGUGGGAACAUGAUGACGACGACUGCGGCUGCGCAGACUCUUUCGUUGUCGAUGAGCACGGGAUCGCAGUCGAGCUCGGCACUGCCGCUUCUUACUAGCAGUGGUGGUGGUGGUGGAAGUGGAGGAGACAGUUCUUCUUCGGAUAAUAAACAGCAGCCGACUAGUUCGACCACCGCGCAAGAUGGCCAGACCGGUGCAAUUGAGACCGUGCCUAGAAAGUCUAUUGAUACAUUUGGACAGAGAACAUCGAUUUAUCGUGGCGUUACAAGGCACAGAUGGACAGGAAGAUAUGAGGCUCAUCUUUGGGAUAAUAGUUGUAGAAGAGAAGGACAAACUCGCAAAGGAAGACAAGGAGGCUAUGACAAAGAAGAAAAGGCAGCUAGAGCUUAUGAUCUAGCAGCACUCAAAUACUGGGGUACCACAACCACUACCAAUUUCCCUAUUAGCAACUAUGAAAAAGAGUUGGAAGAGAUGAAGCAUAUGACAAGGCAGGAGUACGUUGCAUCUUUGCGAAGGAAGAGUAGUGGCUUUUCUCGGGGUGCAUCCAUAUACCGAGGUGUAACAAGACACCACCAGCAUGGGAGAUGGCAAGCAAGGAUUGGAAGAGUGGCCGGAAACAAAGACCUCUAUCUGGGAACUUUCAGCACACAAGAAGAAGCAGCAGAAGCUUAUGACAUUGCAGCAAUCAAGUUCCGAGGUCUCAAUGCAGUCACUAACUUCGACAUGAGCAGAUACGACGUUAAAUCCAUCCUAGAAAGCAGCACAUUGCCAAUUGGUGGUGCAGCAAAGAGACUCAAAGACGUUGAGCAAGCCGAAAUGACAGUCGAUGGACAGCGAACCGACGACGAUAAUCUGAGUUCGCAAUUAACAGAUGGAAUCAGCAGCUAUGGUGCGGCUGCAACCAACCAUGGAUGGCCCACCCUCGCAUUCCAGCAAGCCCAGCCUUUCAGCAUGCACUAUCCUUAUGGUCAAAGAGUGUGGUGCAAGCAAGAACAGGAUUCCGAUAACCAUGGUUUCCAAGACCUUCAUCAUCAAUACCAAACGAGUAGUACUCACAAUUUCUUUCAACCCAAUUCAGUUCUCCACAAUCUAAUGGGAAUGGAUUCCACUUCGUUGGAGCAUAGCUCGGGUUCGAAUAACUCGGUCAUUUACAGCAAUGGAGCAAGUCAUGGAGAUGGAAAUGGUGGAGUUGGGUAUGGAAGCAGCAAUGGAGGCUAUGCGAUCCCAAUGGCAACUGUUAUAUCAAAUGAGAAUCAUCAAAAUCAUGGAAAUGCUGGCAAUGGUUUCGGAGACAGCGAUGUUAAGGCGCUUGGUUAUGAGAAUCUCUUUGGUUCCGCGGAUCCUUACCAUGGUAGGAACUUGUACUAUCUUUCGCAGCAAUCGGCGGUCGGUGUGGUUAAAGCAGGUGGUGGUUACGAUCAAGGUUCGGCGUGCAACAAUUGGGUUCCGACCGCCGUUCCAACCAUCGGACCGAGGUCCGGUAAUAUGGCAGCAGUUUGCCAUGGAGCUCAAACUUUUACAGUUUGGAAUGAUACAUAGAAGUUGAUGGGUCUAAUUAGGUAUGGACAGAGACAAAAGGGGAAUGUAUACACUGGGGAAUGUAUACACCAACUGAUUUCCUAAUUUUGAUUUUUCAUUUUCUAGUUUUUGUGCUUGGUUUUAACUUAAAAUUAUGAUCUAGGAGGAAGGGAGAUAGAUAGGGGAAUUUUGUAAUUUUCGGUCUCUAACUUGCACUAAAGCAAAUUUUAGUAGUAUAUUUGGGUCUUAGAUAUAGCUGAAGUUUAGCAAUAGCAUAUGAAGCGGGGUUCUUAUUAGGUUCUUUAUUAUUCCCACUUGAUAUGGAAUUUUGGGCAACUUCAGAUUUGAUCAGCAAAUAGAUCCUCGGAAAGUUUUUAAUUAUUACACCAGACUUUGUAAUUUUUGAAUAACUAUAUUUAUAUCGUACAAAGAAUGGGGUUUUCCAUUAAUUUGGUUUUGUUGAAUGUUUACUAUUUAUUUUUAAUUAUGUUCUAUAUA